UUUCACAGAAGGGGAAGCAAAAUGGCGGAAUCGGAUGGGAUGGGCCUCUUAUUGUGCUCCUUAAAGAAAAAUGUUUCGUGCCUUUGCAUGUCGUUUUAAAGUUAACAAAAACACUGUGGCGGGUUUUAGCAGCUCAUCAGUUUUGGGAUUCAUCAGCCGGCUCAUCUCCGCACUAUAAAGGUAAACGGCUCUUAUAGCUUGUCUAACUUAGCUAGCCAGCUAACCCCUGUGGACGACAAAUUGUAGGCUAAAAAUGAUUGCUGCUAGUGCGAGAAGGUUGCUUGAAAUUAAGCACAGAUGAGAAAUUCAGCUAGUGAUACUCAGUGCGUUCAGAAAGAGACGUAUAGUAUUGGUGGCUAUUAAAUGACAGUUAACAAGUGAGUACAUAGUCAAACACUGCAGUGGAGCACACGAACAAGAUAGCAUCGUCUCUAGCAUCAUCUUACAUCAGUCUCAUUCACUGCACACGAUCAGAGCUGUCACAGGGUCAAGACGCGAAGACACAGUGUUGAAUGUCAAUACAGAUCAAGCUUUCUCAUCAGUUUACUCGAGAAAUCAAGUUCCCCUGAGUGCUCUUCAAGUUAAAGACAGAGAUUCAAUGCAGAAGUAGUUUUCUCCCAUCUCUCAGAUGGGAACAGAUGGACAGGCUGAAAAGGACAAAGGAGAAAUUGUGCCAGGCAAGUCACAAUCUGAACAAUGUCCUGAUGAAGAGGAGGAAGUGGAGUCUAAAGCAGACAGAAGGACAGUUGGCUUAAGAUGUUUCCAAGGAAACAGAGAGACCUCAGAGGAUGAGCCUAGUGAACUGGGGGCUGCUGUUGUUACUUCCUCUGAGCCUGUGUUUCUUGUGCCUCAGCUCAGCUCACAACCUCAGUACCUGGACUGUGACUUUGAUGUGGAGCUAACAGCAGAAGUGAAAGUAGAGAAUGGCGCAUCUCUUGCUUUGUUGACAUCUGUUACCCCAAAUCUUGGUUACCAGAAGCCAGGAUCCUUCUUAAAUGUAAAUUUUCACUUCCCACCAUCUUUAAGGAAAAAGAGAAUUUCUAUAGACAGUUUUUUGCCUUCAGGCUCUUUUCCUGGAUGUUACUCAAAUGUAAUUCAAGCCUCGGGACAGAUGCAACCGGCCACUUCGCUCAAAAACUCUGAUGGGGUCAUACAGAUGGCCAAAAGCCCUCUCCCCUCAUCACCCUCCAACUCACCAUCAUCUCCUUCGUCUGCUCCCUCUUCCCCCUCCUCCUCCCCUUCGUCAUCAUCUCCUGGUGGAAUGGGUACAAACUACCGUGAGGAUGAGGACAGAGGCCAUGCUGGAGACAACAGGGUCAGCAAAGGAACUGGAGACUUUGUGUCAUCCACUUCGUCAUCUUUGGUGCCAUCGUCGAUGCCUGUGCCACCUUCUAAUCCCUCACUCCAUCCAUCUUCAUCAUUCACACAUCCAUGCAAUGAUGGACAGAGGGAGAGUUUAGAGAAUGACAUUUAUGACCCCUUUCACCCAACAGAAGGCGAGGGGGAGAGAGAUCAGGCGUCCACUGAGGACGAGGAAGAAGAGGUUGAUAAGUAUGAUCCGUUUGAACCGACAGGUUCUCCAGCCUCUGAAACAGAGGAGGAGAAAAGAUGUAUGGAUGAGGUGAAUGAAGGAGGAAGCAGUAUUAAUAGCGAAGGCAAUGUUGCGAAAGCUGAUAGAGCAUUGGAAAUGGGGACCCCUGCUGGCACAGAGGGGGGUCCUCCAGAUUCAACAGAACUUGGUGCACCAUCUUCGAUGUUCAAUAAUGUACCUUUAGAACUCAACAGCAAGCGAUCCAUCAAAGAUAGAAUAAGGGAACAGGGAAAAAAUCAAAGAGAAUGGGGAACAGACUCUGAGCACUCUGAGAUAGAAGAAGGAGAGAUAGUGGGCGCCAAUGAAAGAGGAAGGGAACGAGUGAUUGAGAGAAGGAGGGAGGUGUUGCUUCCAUCUUCAAGCAGUCCCUCUUAUCUUCAAGCCGGUGUCCCAAAAACUGAGAGGAUCUUACGGGUGUUAGAGGGUGACGGGUUUGUAUCUGUCCGUGCUGAUGAAGAAUGGGAGCGGGAACCAGUGGCUUCUGUGGGUGUCGGAGAUUUAAGAAGAAAACUGACAAGUAGGAGGAAAGAGAGGUUCAGAUCAUGCCCUUCUUCUGCAUCCAUAUCACCGCCGCCUGUCCCUGUUUUGCCUUUGCCCUCUCCUUCCUUUCCCAAUUCUCCAUCUCUAUCCACUGAUAAAGGGAGGAGUCGCAAAUCCUCCAAGAGUUCAAAGGAGAGGGAUAGGCGCAAGCGGAAAGAGGGAAGAGGAGAUAAGGAAAAGAGGAAAAAAAGGAAAGAAGAAAAGGAGUCAGGUGAAGGUAAAAGAGAAAGCAAAGAGAGGGACAGUGAAAAAAGGAGUGUAAAAGAGAACAAAGACAAGGAUAGCGAUAGGGGGAGGAGCAGCCGAAGUGAUAGUCACAAGAGGAAAAAGAGACACGGGAGCACUCCAGAACAUUCCUCCCGCUCCCACUCCCAGAAUGCGUCACGACACACACACAGUCGGAGAUCCUGGUCCAGCCACUCUGAGGAUCGCCACAAAGAUAGAGACCGAGAUAAAGAGAGGGAGAGAGAGCGAGAAAGGACCCAUGAAAGAGACAGGGAUAGGGACCGGUGGCGAGAUGACCGGGAUAGAGAGCGAGACAGAGACUCCAGAAGAAGAGAUGAACGAAGGAGAGAUAGGGAUGAAGAUAUCAGGAGGUCAAGCAGCCGAGAGAGAGGCAGCACAAAGAGGAGCAGAGGAAGCAGUGACAGGAGAGAGAGAGAGAAAGAGAUGGUUAGAGAAAGAGAUCGAGACAGGGACAGGAGAAGAGAUAUUAGACCUGUCGUGCCCCCGUCCAUUCAGGAUCUCAAUGGCUCUGAUCUUUUUGCGAUUAAACGUACCAUCACUGUUACCACCACUACAACAACCACCACAGUACCAGGUUCACCACGGCGCUCCCGCAGCCGAUCCCAGAGCUCAGACAAACAUCAUAAGAGGAAGAAGAAACGAAGAAGACGAUCAGAUGAUGAGGAAAGAAAGGACGAGGAGCACAGGAGCAGAUCCCGACCCACCUCCCUUACACCUCCUCGUUAUCAUGGAUAUGAAUCGGACCGUCUCUCGGAUCGUCCUGAGAUGGACAUGCUCUCCUUAGAUGGGGAAGCACUAGAUUCAGACUACCCUUCACUAGAGGACUCACCACUACUUCCUCCUCCUCCUGAGCCCCCUCUACCCAGUCCUAAAAUUAAAUCCGGAGCACCCAAAAUUAGCCGACAUCAUCUGAAGAAGAAAUCCAGAUCUAGCAAGACAGUUGGUCAGUCUGAAUCCACCUCUUCCUCUUCUUCUCAUAGACCAAAAGCCAAAAGUAAAAACCUUCUGUCAUCUCUCUCACCACCUCUUUCUGCAUCCUCAGGCAACACCACCUCCCUUCAGCCCACAGCGUCCUCAUCCACUACUAAACGAGGACGGAAAACCGGUAAGGAAAAAAUAGGGAAGAAGGAUGCCGGGCGUUCUGGCAGGUCCAAGAAGCUCAGUGGUGGUACCAGAAAGGGUAAGCUCCAAUCUAAAGUCUCUGUUCUAGUGCGUGAAGGUGUUAGUAGCACAACUGGGAACUCUGGGAAGCUGGGCCUUGAUCUUCUUGGACCUGGUGGUGUUGUAAGUGGAGCUUCAGGGCCCUCAGUUGUUGGUGGGUCUAUUGCUGUGGUUUUCCGCCGAGACAAUGAGAGCCGAUCACCGUUUCUUAAGCCCUGCUCAGAGACACUGGCCCUUCCAGGGAGAGGCAAAGACCCAAGCAAAACUGGGAAACAACGCAACAUACUUGGGCCUCCGUCAUCAACAAAUCCAAGUGGACUUAAAUCAAAGAAGGCCAAGCCAAGCUCUGCUACGUCCACAUCUUCAUCUGCCUCUUCCCCUACUUCCUCACUGGCAGCAAAACGUAGAAGGAGGCCUGGAAAGAAGCCCAGAGAGAAAGGGAUAAGUGUGGAUGGAAGUGAUUCUAAAGGUGUUAAUAGUAAUUGUAGCACGGUUGGUGGUGGUUGGCCGGGAGUAGCAACAGAAAUGCAGCCUUUGGUGGGGGUUGGAUCCAAGCCAUCCAGUCCUCCUCCAGCUCUUCCUGGUCCCAUUCCCUCCUCCUCUUCAUCAUCCUCCACGUCCUCGUCAGCAAGUAUUCUUCCUCCAUCCUCUUCACCACCACACACAUCCCCGUUGUCUUUGCCUCCAUCUCGAGAUACUAGAGAGUCAUCCCCAGACUCUCAAACUGUUGAUAGUAGCUGCAAGACACCAGAGCCUUCAUUCCUCUCGGAGGAGGGCCCUGGUCAGUCCAAAGCCUUGUCUCUCACACCCUCAAAGUCCCCUGCCAGCCCUCCCGGUCUGCUGUCAUCGCAGAUCAGGGGGGAUACCAUAUCUCAGUCCACUUCCAGUGCUAAACCUCUCCCACCAGAUGAUCAGAAGGGCUCACCACCAUGCUCUACUUCAACAGCUUCGGUGUUGGCCUCCAUCUCUCAUUCCAGUGCUCCUCUGGCAAAUGACCCUUCUUCAUCCUCCUCUUCUUCAGUGUCCUCAUCUUCAGUUAACAAGCCACCCCCACCUCCACCUCCCCCCCCAUCGGCUCCGCCAUUACCCUGGAGUCUACAAACCGGAGUGGACUGCACUGCUGGAGGUGUUUUAGCAUUGACAGCUCUCCUUUUCAAAAUGGAGGAGGCCAAUAUAGCCAGCAGAGCCAAAGCACAAGAGUUCAUCCAGGCCACAAGUCAGAUUCUCUCUCAGGCCAAUCAGAACCAGUCACAGCCACACCCUCCUUCAUCAUCCUCAUCUGUCUCAUCACAAGUUCCUCCACCUCCAUCACAUGCUCCACCCCCAGGACCUUCUCCUGCCCAGUUUAUUCUCCACAGCUCUGUCCCAUUGGUUGGCUGCACCAAAACUCCUCCUUCACACUUGCACCCUGGACUCUCAAUGGGUGGAGGCUGUGCUCAAACACCACCGCCUCCAUUGCCCAUGGGAAUGACAGGGCCAACAGGGGGCAGUGAAACGGGCUGGGAUAACGAAAGUAAAGACCCUGACAAGUAUCUGAAGAAGCUCCACACCCAGGAGAGGGCAGUAGAGGAAGUCAAAUUGGCCAUCAAGCCAUACUACCAGCGUAAAGACAUCAACAAAGACGAAUACAAGGAUAUCUUAAGGAAAGCUGUGCACAAGAUUUGUCACAGCCGAACAGGUGAGAUAAACCCAGUUAAAGUGAGUAACCUGGUCAAGCUCUACGUCCAGAGGUACAAGUAUUUCAGAAAGCACGGCCGCAAGAUGGACGAGGAGGAAAAAGAGGACAGGGAGUCUGCCUCAAUGCAUUCCUCAACAUGAUUGGACAAAGACUGUUUAUUUCUCUCCAUCUGGUCGAACAAGUUUGCAAAAUCUCCUCCCCUGCACGUGUUUGGGCCCACCAUGGCUAUUGAGUGACAGUCCUUUGUUAUAUUGCUCUGUUCCCCCCAUGUGUUGACAUCAUGUAAACUUGAGUACUCCACCCUCCUUCCUGUCUCUCUUUCUUGUCUUGCUAUAAAUAUGUAUGAAUAUAGAAAUGUGGUAUGAUAUAAGGUAUACUGAAGGCAUUCUUAAGUAUACACUCGAGAGGGAGAGAUAAAGAUGGCACACACUUUCUUACACAUUAUGUUCAACAUGUGUAUAUACUUUUAAGUACACUACAUAGGUGUUCUUUCUUCCUCUCUCCCUUUUAGAGAAGGGUGCACAUUUUAAAUAGUCAGCUGGAUUACACAUUUAUUACUAUUGAGGUUUUGAGUGUGAAAGAAUGAAUGAAAGAACAGAGAUUUAAUGUACCCCGUCAGAUUUCCUUUAAAACUAGGAUUGCAAGUGCAACCUGAUUCUUGUCACUGUGUCAGAGAGCAUUCAUUUGUCGAGGUGCUACUCAGACAUGUGACACUCUUUCAGAUCUCUUUGAGAUACCUAUGGAAUGGAGGAUAUUUGUCAGUUCCAUCUCAUAGGACAGUGAAUGUGUAUAUACAUGGAACAGACUUAUGUUUGAUGACGUUUUUGUUUUUUACUUCAAUUAUAAACAGCCGAACUUACCUGACAAAAUGUCAUCACUUAGCUAGAGAAUUUGUUUUACCCUGUCAAAUCUUCACAUAAUAUAAUUGAGUUGGCAGAAGACAGUCAAUGGAAGAGGUACUACAGUGUGUAUAUGAAUGAUUGAGAUAAAUGCAUGCGUUUUGGAUUUUAUUUGUACUGAAGAAAACUGUAGUGAUUGUGAAGGUCACAUGAGAGAUAAACUUUCAAAUUUGCCCUUCCAAAUGAAGAUGUU